ACGAUGAGUAUCUUGUUAGGCAAUUUUAGGACACACUGCGAAAGAAUGUUCAGCACAAAAGGCCUGCAGCUAUGCAUGGCAACGUUUGGAAAACUGCAAUACACCACCAAAGUGAAAUGUGAGCUCGAUUCGAUCACCGAAAAGGAAAUUACCGAGCAUGGAUUAAAGCCACGCAAACACCGGUUACGGAUCAAGUGUAGCAACACGGCACUAGGGCCGGAAAUACACGACGCGAUUGUAAAAUGUGUUAAAGACUAUCCGCUCAAGAGUCUCGUUGCCGAUGGGCAACGUUUGAGCAAUUGUGUGCGAUCGCGCAUUUGGUAUCCGGUCGAUACAACAACCAACCGCAGCAUGGACAGAACGAGCGACCGGGUGCCUUCCAGUGCCCGGCGGCAGAAUUCAACCGCGUUCGACAUGCACGACGAGUACAGCUGUCUCACACAGUUGAUCGGACGCGCGGAUGCGGAGUAUGCCGUGCUGAAGCGUAUCUUUACCGAAAUUAACCAACGCGAUCCGGACCUAAAGCCACGAAGUUUUCUGGACUUUGGAGCAGGCGUCGGAACCGGCACGUGGGCCGUGGCGGACUUUUGGCGGGAGCAUUUGUACGAAAUCCUGUCGGUGGAUAAAUCGCGUCAUAUGAACGAUCUGGCCGAGCUAGUGUUACGUCAAGGUGAUCUCAACAAAUCGUCGAUGGUGCGGAAUGUGUUCUACAGGCAGUUUCUACCGGCAAACCCGGAACGGAAAUAUGAUAUCGUGCUGAGCUCGUUUGCACUUUUUGAUCAACCGUCCCGUCGUCGGCUGUACGAGCUGGUAGACCAGCUGUACAAUACGUUCGACAAGUACCUCAUCUUGGUCGAGCAAGGUUCGAACGCGGGCUUUCAACUGCUGGAAGGUAUUCGUAACCACAUUCGUCGCAAUCACGAUACGGACGACAAGCAUCUAUUUGCGCCGUGUCCCCACACGAUGUCCUGUCCACGCGUGUUCAAAGAUGAUGGCACACCUUGCAACUUUGAAGCUACGUACACGCGUAGCUUUCCAUCAUCCGAUGGACAUCAGUAUGGAAGUAUUCUUUACUCGUACCUGGUGUAUCGGAAAGGUCCGCCGGACAGUGCACACGGAUUUCCCCGGCUCGUACGUCCAACUGCUGUGCGUUCGAAGCAUUGCGUCUGUCACGUCUGUGCCUCGGAUGGUAAAUUGCGUGACGUUGCCUUUACGACAUCGAAACAUGGCCAAAUUGUCCACCGGUGCGCCAAGGCUAGUCGAUGGGGUGAUCUGCUACCGAUGCACAUCCAGUGGCUGAAUAAUCCGGAAGACGACAAAUCAAAUGAAGAGACGUAA